AUGGCGUUCAUGGUGAAGACUAUGGUGGGCGGCCAGCUGAAGAACCUCACCGGGAGCCUGGGGGGCGGCGAUGACAAGGGGGACGGGGACAAAUCGGCGGCCGAAACGCAGGGCAUGAGCCGAGAAGAGUAUGAGGAGUAUCAGAAGCAACUGGUGGAAGAGAAGAUGGAGCGGGACGCGCAGUUCACGCAGAGGAAGGCGGAGCGGGCCACGCUGCGGAGCCACUUCCGAGAUAAAUAUCGGCUGCCCAAGAACGAGACAGAUGAGAGCCAGAUUCAGAUGGCAGGUGGAGACGUGGAGCUGCCCCGGGAGCUGGCCAAGAUGAUUGAGGAGGACACAGAGGAGGAGGAGAGGGCCUCCGUCCUUGGGCAGUUGGCCAGUCUCCCUGGCUUGGACCUCGGCUCACUCAAGGACAAGGCCCAGGCCACAUUGGGGGACCUCAAGCAAUCAGCUGAGAAGUGCCACAUCAUGUGA